UAUUUCUCUCCUCUUUCACCACAGACAUGGCGAUUCUAAAGCUCUUUUCUCUCUGCAUUUGCUUCUUCUUAUUGAUCAGAGCCCCUGUACGUGGUGAUUCCUUACAUUUCCCUUCUUCUUCUUCUUCCUCCUCUUCUGUUUCUUCUGAUGUUCUACUUCUUUUGGGAAAGAUCAGAGCUUCACUUGAAGGCGACACUCAAAACUUACUUUUAUCUUCAUGGAAUUACUCUUUGCCUCUUUGUCAAUGGAGGGGACUCAAAUGGGUCUUCUCUAGUGGAACUCUUCUGGUCUGCAGUGAUUCUUCUUCUCCACAGUGGUCUAAUCUCACUCUUUUCAAAGACCCUUCCCUUCAUGUUCUCUCUCUGCAACUUCCAUCUGCUAAUCUUACUGGUUUAUUGCCCAAGGAGCUUGGUGAGUUUACUAUGCUCCAAAGCCUCUAUCUAAGCAUAAACUCUUUGACUGGAACCAUUCCACUUGAACUCGGUUACAGCUCCUCUCUUUCUGACAUUGAUUUGAGUAGCAAUCUGUUGACCGGAGCUCUUCCACCGUCGAUAUGGAAUCUGUGUGAUAAACUUGUUUCUGUCAGGCUUCAUGGAAAUUCAUUAUUUGGGUCUCUGUCGGAGCCGGCUUUACCAAAUUCCACCUGCAAGAAUUUGAAGACUUUGGAUUUGGGCAACAACCAGAUUUCAGGUACUUUCCCAGAAUUCAUUACUAGGUUUCAGGGUCUGAAAGAGCUUGAUCUUGGAAAGAAUUUAUUGUCUGGAAAAAUCCCACAGAGCUUAAGCCAAUUAGAGCUGGAGAAGUUGAACCUUUCAAAAAACAAUUUCAGUGGAAUAUUGCCUGUUUUUGAUAACUCAAAGUUUGGCGUUGAGGCUUUUGAAGGGAACAGUCCUGGGCUUUGUGGGGAGCCUUUGAAAAGUUGUGCAGGACCUUCCCAUUUGAGUUCAGGUGCCAUUGCUGGCCUUGUUAUUGGCUUGAUGACUGGGACGGUGGUUUUAGCUUCGUUGCUUAUUGGUUAUAUGCAAAACAAGAAGAAGAAUAGGAGUGAGAGUGAAGAUGACAUUGAGGAAGGAGAAGAUCAAGAGAAUGGCGGCAGUGAUGGAAAGCUCAUUUUGUUUCAGGGUGGAGAGCAUUUGACAUUGGAUGAUGUCUUGAAUGCUACAGGGCAGGUUAUGGAGAAAACAAGCUAUGGCACUAUAUAUAAGGCAAAGCUUGCUGAUGGAGGUACCAUUGCUCUUAGACUGCUGAGGGAAGGUAGUUGCAAAGACAGAAAUUCUUGUUUGUCUGCGAUUAAACAAUUGGGAAAGAUUCGUCAUGAGAACUUGAUUCCAUUGAGAGCUUUCUAUCAGGGGAGGAGAGGAGAGAAGCUCCUCAUUUAUGACUAUCUCCCUAUCAGAACUUUGCAUGAUUUUCUACAUGAGUCUAGAGCAGGAAAACCAGUGUUGAACUGGGCUAGGAGGCACAAGAUUGCAUUAGGCAUCGCUCGAGGUCUAGCUCAUCUUCACACAGGUCUUGAAGUGCCCAUUACACAUGGAAAUGUUAGAUCAAAAAACGUGCUUGUGGAUGACUUCUUUGCAGCGAGACUGAUGGAGUUCGGGCUCGACAAGCUAAUGAUCCCAUCGGUAGCUGACGAAAUUGUGUCGCUUGCAAAAUCAGACGGGUACAAGGCACCAGAGCUGCAAAGGAUGAAGAAAUGCAAUUCCAGAACAGAUGUGUAUGCAUUUGGAAUCUUGCUAUUGGAAAUUCUGAUUGGGAAGAAGCCAGGAAAAAGUGGAAGAAAUGGAGAGUUUGUGGAUCUGCCAUCAAUGGUGAAAGUGGCUGUUUUGGAGGAGACAACAAUGGAGGUUUUUGAUGUGGAGGUGUUGAAAGGGAUUAGAAGUCUCAUGGAAGAUGGAAUCGUUCAGGCAUUGAAGCUUGCAAUGGGCUGCUGUGCUCCAGUGGCUUCCGUAAGACCCUCCAUGGAUGAAGUUGUGAAGCAGCUGGAAGAGAACAGACCAAGAAACAGAUCUGCUCUGUACAGCCCAACUGAAACAAGAAGUGAAAUUGGUACGCCUUUUUGAUCCCUUUUCUGCCUCUUCAAAUCAUGAUGAGCUUCACUAAUAUCAUUAUAUUCCCCCCCUUCACUUUAUUUUAUUACAUUUUACUUUAACUUGAACUUAAUUGUAAUACAUGCUGAUAGCGUUCAUUCAUGCAAGUAAU